UUUAUCAGGGCAAGAGCAAUGCUCCCGACGCCGUGUCUCUCGGCCGGAUGCCGCCGGCACGCCAGAUUAGCGCCCGGCAGCGUCGAUAGUGGAUUCUUCGCGUCGCGGCAGCUGCACAGGGCUCACAUUUCUUCUCGCAGGAGGAGAUUGCGAGCUAGAAUCUCCGGGUCUGUUGCUUCCUCCUCCUCCUCCUCCUCGGCAUCGGCCGCGGAGAAAUCGAAUGUUUUCGGGAGUGAGAAGCGGCUGUCGGGGCCCAAGAAGCUGCUCGAAGGCAUGCCUGCCCCGACGAGGUAUGUGACGUGCACGGCGAUUGUUGCUGGAGCUCUCAUGGCUGGCUAUGCAGUGGGAAGCCAAGCCAAAGGCACUCCCAACGCUGCAUUGGCCGGGGCAAUCGCCCUGGGCGCUGUUGGAGGAGCUACAGCGUUUGUCGUGAAUUCCAUGGCUCCCGAUGUAGCGGCAGCGCAGGUGCACAAUCUACUCGUCAAUCAUCCCGAUCCAAGGUCGCUGCGAGGGGAAGAAAUCGAGGGGAUUCUCAAAAAGUUUGGGAUCAACAAAACGAAUGAGAAGUUUAAUACCGAGCUUCGCAAUCUGUACGAUAGUUUUGUGAGCUCUGUUAUUCCUCCUGGCAACGAGGAUCUCAAAGGCGAUGAGGCCGCGACGAUUCGGAAGUUCAAGGAGGCUUUGGGAUUAGACGAUCCGGAUGCUGCUGCUGUUCACAUUGAGAUAUGCAGGCGAAUUGUCAGGCAACGACUUGAAACUGGUGAUAGAGACACUGCUGUUGAAGAACUUCGGGCAUUCCAAAAGCUUGUAUACGUUUCGAAUCUUGUUUUUGGCGAGGCCUCGAAGUUUUUGCUACCUUGGAAGCGAGUUUUCAAAGUUACCGAUUCUCAGGUUGAGAUAGCAGUUCGAGACAAUGCUCAGAGGCUAUUUGCAACAAAGCUAAGCUCAAUUGGAACAGAUGUUAAUAUUGACCAACUCAAAGAACUGCGGCGAAUCCAGCUCAAAGUCCAGCUCUCUGACGAGAUUACGAGUUCCCUUUUCAAGUCGCACACUCAAAAGCUUCUUGAAGGAUACAUUUCUCGAGCUUUGGAGGUCUUGAAAGCUCGAACCAGAAUCAAGGAUACAAAAAAAUUGGUGAUGGAGCUAGAAAACAUGCUAGCAUACAAUGAUUUACUGUCCGCCCUUGCUAAGGAUGCCGAUUCUUCAAGCUUGGUACCAGGCCUGGGCCCAGCAUCGGUCAUAGGAGGUGUCUAUGACAGCGAUCGGGCAAUGGAUGACCUUAAACUGCUGUAUCGAACAUAUUUGAGUGAAGCUGUAGUAUCAAAUGGUCAAUUGCUCAAAGAGAAGCUGCCCUUGCUGGCUCAGCUGAAAAACACAUUUGGCAUUGGAAAUCGCGAGGCCGACGAUAUCAUGCUGGAUAUCACAACGAAAGUCUAUCGCCGACGGCUAUCACUAGCAGUUACAGACGGCGAUCUUGAUGCCGCAACCAGCAAGGCAACAUUCUUACAGAAUCUCUGUAAUAGUCUUCAAUUUGAUCCUGCAAAGGCAAGCAAAGUGCACGAAGAAAUAUACAGGCAAAAACUUGAGCAAUGCGUAGCUGACGGUAGUUUGAGUGACGAGGAUAUUUCAGCGUUGCUGCGACUGCGUGUUCUUCUGUGCAUUCCUCAGGAAACUGUUGAGACUGCCCACGCAGACAUCUGUGGUCGUAUUUUUGCAAAGGUCGUCAAUACUGCCAUUUCUUCGGGAGUUGAUGGCUACGAUCCAGAGACGACAGCCACUGUUCGGGCAGCCAUUAAAGGCCUUCGUUUAAGCCAAAAAGCGGCUAUGGAUAUCGCAAGCAAAGCGGUUCGUACUAUGUUCAUGACGUAUGUGAAGAGAUCAAGAACAGCAGACAACCGGACCGAGUCGGCAAGAGAGCUGAAGAAAAUGAUCCUCUUCAACAACCUUGUGGUCACUGAGCUGGUGGACGAUAUAAAACAGGAUCCCAACGUCGUCAAGGCUGAGUUCGUGGAAGAGAAAAAAGUGGAGGAAGUCGACUACAUUGACGAUGGCCUGGAAAUGCUACAGUCUCUCAGAAAGACGAAACCGGACCAGACCAGGGAGACAAGUGGAAAAGAGCCACAGAAAGAGAUAACUCUGCGUGACGACCUUCCAGCCAGGGAUCGAACGGAUCUAUAUCGGCUCUACCUGAUAUACUGCCUCACCGGAGAAACGACUCACAUGCCGUUUGGGUCCUCGAUCGUGGUACAACGAGACAGCAGCGAAUUCGAAAGGCUUGGUGAACUGGGAAUCAUCCUUGGCCUCACACCGAUGGAAAUCGGCACCGUUCACAAGGGGCUGGCAGAGCAGGCUUUCAAGCAGCAAGCCGAGGUGAUCCUUGCAGAUGGCAAGCUCUUGCCGCAGAAGAUGGAACAGCUCGUCGAAGUCCAAAAGCAGCUCGGCCUCCCAUCCGAUUCGUUCCAAAAAGUCGUGCACAACAUUGCAACGACAAAGAUGGCGGGAGCCAUCGAUGCUGCUGUGAGGAGCGGCGAGCUCAAAGUGGAGGAAAUCAAGGAAAUGCGGGAUGCGGGCGUGAAGAUCGACAGCAUGAUAUCCAAGGAGCAACGAGAGAAGAUGUAUAGGAGCCUGGUGGAUAGGGAGCUUUCAUCCGGAAAGGGAGAGUUCGACGAGGACAAGUUCUAUACUUCCAUGCCCGCGGAACUGGAGCUCGAUCCCGCGAAGUGCCGGAGCAUGGUGGACGAUCUCGCCAAGCAACGGUUGAAGAGCUCGCUGAUUCAAGCCGUGGCCUUGUUGAGGCAGAAGAACGAGACAGGAGUGGUGUCUCAGCUUACAAAUCUUCUGCUGUGCGACAAGCUUGUAAGAUCAGAGAAGCUGUCGUGGGCAGUGAAGGACGAGCUGAAAGAUCUCUACUGCAUCUACGUAAAGACGUCUCCUCCGGCGGAGAAGCAGCAAAGGCUGCAAGAGCUGUUUGGAUUCAGCGCGUCCAUGGCCAAGUCGCUCGAGGACUUUGUCGCGGCCAACGGAUUCAGCCUCGCCGGAGACGAAGAGGAGCUCAAGUUUUGAGAGGCUGUUUGUUUGUACUCUACAUAAAAGUUUUCGCGCUACCAACAUAUUCUCGGAAUCUUACUAAA